AUGUCUUUAAGUACAAACACAGAAAUAACCCAAGCCGCAACAAUCGCCGCCCUAACAAGCGAAAUAAUAAUCCACCCAAUGGACACAAUAAUAACGCGAAUGCAAUCUCCGGUCUAUACAACAAUCUACAAACACAGCAAUGGGUCCCUCAACCGAACUAUCUUCCACGGCCUCUACCAAGGCUUUGGACCAACUCUUCUAGCGGGCACAUUAUCCUCAGCAGCAUUCUUCACCACAUACGAAGCCUCAAAGAAAGCUUUUGAGAAUGCCCAGUCAGCUGGAUACAUGCUUGGUGUGCCUCGAUCUGUCUUCCACGUUGCUAGUAGUGCCCUAGCUGAACUCAUUGCCUGUGCAAUUCUAAACCCAGCCGAGGUAUUGAAGCAGAAUGCUCAGGUUGUUCAGAGACCCCCAUCAACUUCUGUUUCCGGGAUAUCUACAUCUCCAACCGCUGAAAUACUAAAACAAUUCCAGAGACAGCCGUCAAAACUCUGGACCGGCUACACCGCCCUAGUGGCGAGCCAACUGCCGAGUAUAUGCCUGACAUUCUGUCUGUAUGAGAUGAUAAAAGAGACAUUACUCGAGCGAUGGAACUAUCAAAAAGAGAACAAUGAUCCAGCGAAGCAAUUACAAGCCACUGUUCUGAGCGCGGGCAUCGCAGGCGGUUGUGCAUCUUGGUUCUUUGUUCCCAUCGACGUGGUCAAGACGAGGAUGAGACUAGCUAUCGGGGAACAUGGACAUGGACAGACACGGGUGCCUAAGCUCGGCAUUGACGGGAUAAGGACCAGCUUGCAGACUCGAACUGGGGCGUUCGCUGUUGCUAGGGAUGUGCUUUGUAAAGAGGGGAUUGCUGGGUUGUUUCGGGGGUCUGGGUUGACUUUUGUGACUGCUGUUGUUGGGAGUGCGCUUUACAUUGGGUGUUAUGAGGGGUGUAAGGUGUAUUUGUAUACUUGA